CUGACUCGGGGGCGGGGCCGGCGGCGCGGGAGGUGCAGGUGCCGGGCCGGGAGCGAGCAGCGGCGGCGGCGGCGGCGGCGGCGGCGGCGGCACCAUGGGCCGGGCCCGGCGCUUCCAGUGGCCGCUGCUGCUGCUGUGGGCGGCCGCGGCGGGGCCAGGGGCUGGACAGGAAGUGCAGACAGAGAAUGUGACGGUGGCUGAGGGUGGGGUGGCUGAGAUCACCUGCCGUCUGCAUCAGUACGAUGGAUCCAUAGUUGUCAUCCAGAACCCAGCCCGGCAGACCCUCUUUUUCAAUGGCACCCGAGCUCUAAAGGAUGAGCGAUUUCAGCUGGAGGAAUUUUCUCCGCGUCGAGUGCGCAUCCGGCUCUCCGACGCCCGCCUGGAGGAUGAGGGGGGCUACUUUUGCCAGCUCUACACGGAGGACACCCACCACCAGAUCGCCACGCUCACUGUCCUAGUGGCUCCGGAGAAUCCAGUGGUGGAGGUCCGAGAGCAAGCGGUGGAGGGCGGCGAGGUGGAACUCAGCUGCCUGGUUCCGCGGUCGCGCCCUGCAGCGGUCCUGCGCUGGUAUCGUGAUCGCAAAGAACUGAAAGGAGUGAGCAGCGGCCAGGAGAAUGGCAAGGUGUGGAGUGUGGCGAGCACCGUGCGGUUCCGUGUGGACCGUAAGGAUGACGGUGAUAUCGUCAUUUGUGAAGCGCAGAACCAGGCGCUGCCCUCAGGACACAGCAAGCAGACGCAGUACGUGCUGGAUGUACAGUACUCUCCCACGGCACGGAUCCAUGCUUCUCAAGCUGUAGUGAGGGAAGGAGACACACUGGUGCUGACCUGUGCUGUUACAGGGAACCCCAGGCCAAGCCAGAUCCGCUGGAACCGCGGGAAUGAGUCUUUGCCGGAGAGAGCAGAGGCAGUGGGUGAGACGCUCACCCUGCCAGGCCUGGUAUCUGCAGACAACGGCACCUACACUUGCGAGGCGGCAAACAAGCACGGCCACGCGAGGGCGCUCUACGUGCUUGUGGUCUAUGACCCCGGUGCAGUGGUAGAGGCUCAGACAUCCGUUCCCUACGCCAUUGUGGGCGGCAUCCUGGCGCUACUAGUGUUUCUGAUCAUAUGUGUGCUAGUUGGCAUGGUCUGGUGCUCCGUCCGACAGAAGGGCUCCUAUCUGACCCACGAGGCCAGUGGCUUGGACGAGCAGGGAGAAGCUAGAGAAGCCUUCCUCAACGGCAGCGAUGGACACAAGCGGAAAGAAGAAUUUUUCAUCUGACCCCACUCCCCCACUGCCAGUUGCAAGGAACCAGCAAAGACAUUGACCAGAGUCCGGGAUGGUGGGCUCCUCCCCCCACAGCUAACACCUCAGGCGCUUGGGCAGGGAUUUUGGGGGUGUUGGAUGCCUGAGCCUCUCCCAGGGCCAAAGGCUAGGGUCCAGAGGCGUAGGGUCCCCUAGAGGACAGAGGGACCGAAGGUCCUCUCUAGACCCCAAGUCCGGGGAGGGGUAAUAGGGAUUUGGGUUGGGGGAAGGCCAGAACCCCUAGACAGCAGAACCAGGUCUUGUGGGGAGGGGGUCAG